AUGCUGAGCAACAGGGAACGUUCGCCCGUUCGACGAGCUCUUAGGAGGAACCGAUCAGCCGAUCAACAUUCCCUCCUCCCCAUGGUGACAACUUCACGGCAGGGGCCACCAAGGGGACGAGUAUCUAGUGGAGAUGAAGGUAGCGCUACUAGUACUCCGCGAUUGCGACGAAAUCGAUCUGGCAGCGGCAGUGGCGAUUUUGGUAAUUUGGAUAUGUCACUGCCCUAUGGGUCCAGCAAAUACGCCAGCCGCAGGGGAGGUGUCGACACUAACAUGAUCCUCAAGAUUGCCAUUGCCGUACUCUUUUUUAUUGGGAUGGCCAAGUUUAUACUUAGCACUGAUCACACAGCAUCCAAAGUCAGAGGCAUCUAUUGUCCCAUGGAGUAUCCCGAACCCUUUUCGAAAUGUACUCUCCCGUUUGGCACCGAGUGUCCAUUCCAGUGCAUCAACAUGCCAGUUUAUACCAGGGAGGGCAAAUGUACAGGUGAAGUCCAAUGUACUCCAGAAAAACAUUGCACAUGCGACAAAUCGAGGGGCGGAGAAUGGUUUUGUUUUGGAGGAAGAACACACAUGGAUGAUGAGUGCAAGCAACGCAAUUAUGAAACCUAUGAACCAUGUGUCUGUCCUCGAACAUUGGCACAACGAACAACUCCAUAA